UGCAACGAAGGCAUUGUAAGUUACUCUUUCUGGGCACCGUAGGUUCAAGCAGCACUGAUGUUAAAGAGAACCGCAACGUGGACAACGUUCCCCCCAAGGACAGCGGUGGGCAAGGCGCUGGGGAGGGGGCUCAGCUCUCCAACGGCGGUGGUGGCAGCAGCAGAAAGCGUCCUUUGGAGGAGGGCAACAAUGGCCACUCCAAAUUUCGCCCGAAGAAGAGGAAGAAAACACCCGGCCCCGUUCUGCCAAAGAAUGCCCUGAUGCAACUUAAUGAGAUUAAACCUGGUUUACAGUACAAACUCCUCUCCCAGACAGGGCCGGUUCACGCCCCCAUGUUCGUGAUGGCAGUUGAAGUCAACGGGCAGGUCUUUGAGGGGUCUGGCCCUACAAAAAAGAAAGCCAAGCUUCAUGCCGCAGAGAAGGCUCUGCGGUCUUUUGUCCAGUUUCCAAAUGCCUCAGAAGCCCACCUGGCAAUGGGGAGGACUCUGUCGGUCAACACGGACUUCACCUCCGACCAAGCGGACUUCCCAGAUACCCUUUUCAAUGGAUUCGAAACGCCGGUUCCUUCUGAUGUUUCCUUUUACCUGGGGUCCAAUGGGGACGGGUCCUUUAGCUCUAGCGGGGACUACAGUUUGCCGGCAUCGGCCGUAGCCAGCAGCCUUUCCCAGUCGCCUCUCCCUGUUCCAUCACCCUACCCCUCCACCAGUGGGAAGAACCCCGUCAUGAUCCUCAAUGAGCUGCGGCCGGGGCUGAAGUACGAGUUUCUCUCGGAGAGCGGGGAGAGCCAUGCCAAAAACUUUGUCAUGGCCGUGGCGGUGGACGGUCAGACCUUCGAAGGCUCAGGAAGGAAUAAAAAGCUGGCAAAAGCUCGGGCUGCUCAGUCGGCCCUGGCAUCCUUGUUUAACAUGCAGCUGGACCAGACACCAUCGCGACAGCCCAUUCCGAGCGAGGGGCUCCAGUUACACUUGCCACAGGUUUUAGCUGAUGCUGUCGCUCGCUUGGUUGUAGAUAAAUUCAGCGAUUUGACGGAAAAUUUUACGUCUCCACAUGCACGUAGAAAAGUCCUUGCUGGAAUUGUCAUGACAACAGGUACGGAUGUGAAAGAUGCCCUGGUAAUAAGUGUUUCUACAGGAACAAAAUGCAUCAAUGGUGAAUACAUGAGUGAUCGUGGUCUUGCAUUAAAUGAUUGCCAUGCAGAAAUUAUAUCUCGCCGGUGCCUGCUUAAAUUUCUGUAUACACAACUUGAGCUUUAUCUAAGCAAUAAAGAAGAUCAACAAAAAUCCAUUUUUGUCAAAUCGGAGCGAGGCGGCUUUAAGCUGAAGGAGAAUGUGCAGUUCCAUCUCUAUAUCAGCACCUCUCCUUGUGGCGACGCUCGGAUUUUCUCACCCCACGAAGCAGCACAAGAGGAUCAAGGGGACAGGCAUCCAAACCGCAAAGCGAGAGGACAGCUACGGACAAAAAUAGAAUCUGGGGAAGGGACCAUCCCUGUGCGCUCUACUACCACUAUCCAAACAUGGGACGGCGUGUUGCAAGGAGAAAGGCUGCUUACCAUGUCCUGCAGUGACAAGAUAGCGAGGUGGAACGUAUUGGGUAUUCAAGGAGCCUUACUUAGCCUCUUUGUGGAGCCAAUUUACUUCUCUAGCAUCAUCUUGGGGAGUUUAUAUCAUGGGGAUCAUCUAUCCAGAGCCGUAUACCAGAGGAUAGCAGAGAUAGAAGAUCUACCACCUCUUUAUACACUCAACAGACCUUUACUUAGUGGUAUUAGCAACGCAGAAGCCCGUCAACCAGGGAAAGCACCAAACUUCAGUGUGAACUGGACUGUAGGAGACACUGGUCUUGAAGUUAUUAAUGCUACAACUGGCAAAGAUGAAAUGGGUCGUGCAUCUCGCCUUUGUAAGCAUGCUUUUUACAGCCGCUGGAUGCGUAUUCAUGCAAAGCUUUCCUCCAGCUUGCGCUCAAAGAUCCUCAAGCCUAACCUGUACCACGAAACCAAGCAAGGAGCCACUCAGUAUCAAACUGCCAAAGAGUGUUUGUUUAAAGCAUUCCUGAAGGCAGGACUUGGAGCCUGGGUGGAGAAGCCCAUAGAACAGGAUCAGUUUUCUCUCACGGUCUAAUUCACAGACUGCACAUCACUUUGGAAAGGGGGUAGUUCUGGAAAUUCCUAGUGUCCAACGUUGCUUUCUGGCAUCUCCACAGCUGUCAAAACAUCUUUUUACUGUUUGGAGUUGGGUUUUUUCCUUUGUAUUUUUGAAACUCCAUAGUAACUGUUUCUGUUUUGCCUCAGUAUUGAAACUCAGUGAUGAUCUAACAGAUAAUUGUAUAUUUUGUUAUGGGAAAGUAAUUUCUGGUGUAUUUCUAGAAAUACUUUUACUGUAGAAAUUUGCAGUAAGGCUGUCCUUACAGUAUACAAUGACUCAUUUUUUCUGGGUUAAAAUAAUUUCUUUUUUUUAAUUCAGUGUCAUCAACUGCAUGCAGAAUUGAAAGUUUCUCUAGGUUUUACACCACACUUUUAGGAAUUAGCUUAAUUUUUUUAAAAAGAACAUAGGUGACAAAGCUGAUUCUACUCCUCUGUUAACUUGUUUUUGAACUGCAGGUAUUUCUAGCAUAUAGACUACAAAGCCAGAAUGGAGUCUGGACAGCUAGUUUUUCCCCACUUCCUUGCUCUUCAAAACCAGCUGCUGAAAAUUUCAUGUCUUUGAUAUAUGUAUUUAUUAGUCUGUGACCCAGUUUUUAACAUGCAGCUUUUUAUUCUGUUUUUAAAAAUACAUUUACCUCCCAUUUACACA